UAUAUUAUAAUAUAUACAUAAGCGUAAAUGCGCAGCGGUGUGCGUGUGACUAGCUCUAGAACUAUAGCCCGUCGCUCUACCUGUGGCUAUUGUUCUAGAGCUAGCGUGUGGUGUGACCAUACUCUGCCUUUGGUCUGUCAUUCAUCAACUAAAAUGUAGAGUUUUAAAUCAGAUUGCAACUUUUAGUAGGGGGUAUCCCACUAGAUGCUAUUUAGGGGGGAGACUGACCCCCCUCUUCCUCCUACCCCCUGGCGAAAACCCUGAAAGUGAAAUGUCGUAUAAUGGUGAGACAAACGGGUUUGCUACAUUAUUAUUAACACUUAUUUAUAUAUUUAUAAUAGGUGCAGAUUCGACAUACACGGACAGUGAUUCAUCGUUGCCGGUACCGUCGACUUCUGGCUUGCGUUCGACAAUUACAGAUAAACAGUCGGUCAUUAACCAUAUCAAAGCAUGUAGUCAUCAAGAUCUCGCCGACAUAGCUAAAGCAAUUGGUGAAUGUGCUUCCAACGCUGUGUGGGAUGACUCGGUGACGAAAGUCGGGCAGCACAGAGAUUACGACAAAUUGUGCAAUACUGAUUUGGAGCAUCUCUAUAGUCAGAGAGACACUGUGCUGACAUCCUUCAUUGAUGGAAUAACCACACACAGCAAAGAAUUGGAAACAGAUUCAAGACAGCUCUACUCCAAAGUACGCGCGGCUGAUUGUGUUUACAAGGCUCGAAACCGUAAAUACAUUUCGGAAGUAGGGUUUGCGGAAACAGUUCUGUUGUAUUCUGUCACCAACAGUCGCAUUGGAUGUGACCUUGGAACGUAUGGUGCAUCAGGAAGUUACUGGACCAUUAGGGACUGGCUCAGUACGCAAAACACUCAACCUAUACCAUGUCCUCCUGGUGACAUUUACGUUGUCUUUGACAAUGAACAGAUAGUGGGCAAAUCGUGGCAUGUGCGUGCUUUCCAAAAACAAGCAGUUAGUGUAGUGACAUCACUAAUAUACAUAACGUUUCCUGUUGAUUGUGGAUAUCAAACCGAAGCUUCACUCCGACCACAGCAAUACAUCCCGAAAUCAGUUCUACGUGCAGAUGUUGAAACUGCUCUACACAUAAAAGAACGACAAAGAAAAGAACUUGCUUGUGGAGAACUCUACCGCUACACUGCAACAAGAAUCACAAAAGUCUGGCAUGAACAAUUUGCAGGCGUGUCCACAUGGAAAGACGACAUCGAUGUAAUGCUAGCAAAGCAGGAACAAGCAAAAUAUACAAAAUUUUGCCCGAAAUGUCACAAGCAGUACAAACAAUCUAAGCGAACAUGCGACAACCCAGGGUGCAAGGAGAAACUGCAUGUAAUGGCACAAGAAGAGCCUCACACGUCACAAAAGCAUUUCAAACAUAAAGAAUGUUAUGUAAAGGUUUCUCGUCAAGAACAUGCUGGACAGCUGUCAGCAAGCACAGUGAUGACAGAUGAAAUAAACGUACAUCAACAUGUACCUCAUUUUCACCCACAACCGCCGCCCAAAGUAGUUGUAGCUGAUCCGGUUAUGUGUAACCCUAACUCAUUCCAAUCCUUGCUAAACGUGUUGCGAACAAUUGGGUCUAGAUGUGGCAUCAAGAGGUAUGGUACAGGAAGCAGAGAGUGGAUUACCGUGUACAUGGAUGGCCUUCCAUACUACAUUAUCAUAAAUCUGAUAUUCAACACGUUAUACUGCACUGAGUGUGAGGUUGGAUUUUUCCCCCAAGAAGAUUUCACAAAACAUUGCAGUGAAAAACAUGAAAACAAAGAAAUUCCAAGAAUGCAGGAAUUUGAUUGGGUCGUGCCUCGAAUUGGCCCUGGCCACUAUGAAAUGAACAUGAAGAAGGCCUUUGUUGAAUUGAACUGGGACGUGUUUUUUGAUGAGCUUGCAAAAUGUAUGGGAUUUAAAUCACCAGCAGCCCUGAAGUAUGCAAAGAGUUGCCAUGACAACCACAAGACAUGGGACUUUUUAAACAUUGCCAGAGAUGCAAUAACAGAUGAGCUAGUUCGUCCAUACGUUUUAGAUUGCUUGACUUCGCAUAAGGCUCCAACAGUUGAGGACUAUAUAAGCAACUAUAUUUGUCAUUCAGUGAAAGACCCAAAGUACCAAUAUAUGUUCGAACAAUUAACCUACUUACAAGCCAUAUUUAACUACAGAGGUGGAAUUCGCAGAAACAAUGCUGAUUAUCUUCUGUGUGGAAAGCAAGAAUUCUCGCCGAUUUUCUUCACACGAAAUCACCCGAAAUACCAACUAAUAGAUGUCACGGAUUCCUAUCACCGAAGUUUGUAUCCAGAUAGUGUGAAUAACCAACUUGAGCUAGCCGAGUCAAUUUCGACAAGUGGAGAUGUUUACGCCGGCGAGGGACCGGAUUUCGUUCUUGAGGUGGUUAACAAGAAUGCUAAAAAAUUCAUUUCAAGAGGAGUGCCUGGUCCUGAGGACUGGUUGCUAGUAUUCCGGAACCAUGACUCACUGUGUGAGCUGAGAAGUGCUGCACUGGAAAGAAUGGGUACACCACAUCCCAAGAGAGAGAGAGCGAUGGAGGGUCUUGAUUUCCGACCUGAAUACAGGGAAAUCAGUAAAGUGUAUUCGAUCCUGCCGAAGUCGAUAAGAUGGCUGUUUCUGACAGCAACAGAUGAGUUACAGCAAUCCAUUUUUGAUAUUUUGAACAUUCAUCCGGAUGAGGUCCAAACCAUUGCAGCUGUUCCAGACAGGAUUGCUAGAAACACAGUUAAAGCUACCGACACGUCCGUUUGUGUAUUGCGUGAAUAUUUAAAAGAAAAAGCAAUAGACACGGACUUUGUUGACAUGCAGGCGCUCGAACUCUGCAAUGUUCUUCGGAAGUUUUAUGUGGAAAUGAGGAAGAAAGACGGUGAGAAAUACCAACGUAGUUCUCUCUUUAGUAUCCGGCAUGGUAUCAACCGAUACCUUUCGAGUGUCGGUUGUAACAUGGAUAUAGUGCAUGGCGCUGAAUUUACUGAAUGCAACAAAGUGUUUGAUGCUGCAACGAAACAACUCAAGCGUGAGGUUGGUGGAAUUGUGCAUCAUCCCCCAAUUGACGAUGCCGACCUGCAUAAAAUGUACCAGUACUUUGCAUUGGAGGAUAACGUUAAACUGCAGCAAAAGGUUUUCGUCGACCUGAUGUUAUAUUUUGGGAGACGGGGUAGAGAGAACAUUCACGAACUUAAAGUUGACGACUUUGCUGUUACACAGGAUGGAGAUGGCCGCCUGUACUUGCACAUGGUUCGUGAUGAGGUCACCAAAAAUCACCAGGAUGACCCGAAUUCUGCCGAGGGAAGGAUGUACGCCAAACCUGGUGAGUUUUACAUGAAACUUCUGUUUAUUUCAUGCUUUUUAAAUUUUUAAAGUGUUGAAUUCAACUUUAAACAUUAAUUUCUGAAUCUGUUUACUUUUACUCAGUUAAUGUGAAAAUAUAAAUUUAUAAAGUUACAUUAUACUGUACUGUUUAUAUACCGUAUGUCAAUGUCACCAAUUGUAUUGUCAUAUAUUUAAAAACAACCAAUAUCGAGAUAUCAAAGCUGAUCAAAUUGUCUGUGUUCAUUAUCCUUCAAAUCACACUUUAACUUUAAGAAUAAAUUUAUUGAAAAUAAUAUACCAACUUAUAGAAAUUUUCUAUAUUUUGUUUGAUUUGCAGAUGACGUUAAUUGUCCAGUCAAGUCUUUUGUGAUGUACAAGCGACAUUUGAACCCGAAAUGUGCACGUCUAUUCCAGCAAGUCUCCAAAAAA